UCUGGGUAGGGCCAUUUACCAUUGCCAUUGCCUUCAGGUAGUCAUCUAAUGAAACAAAGAACUGAGGAUGUUGGCAAUCUGAACCAAAAAGUGCUGGAGAAAUUCAGGUCUGGCAGCAUCUGCGAAGAGAAAAACAAUGAGAAAAGGGAGCAGCACCAAUGAUCUCACUAUGUACCAAGUAGGAUUGGAACAAGGAAUGUUUCACCUACCCAGCAGAGACAGAUAUAAAUGGUCAACAGUUGGCAUUCCUCCUUCUACAUUCAAUGACUGCUCUCAUUCAGUUUUGGGUGGAUUGAGUAUUAUGUCAGACCUUGACAUGGUGUUUAAUUCAAAUUUCCUGCCUGCUUUUCUCAUUUCCUGUUGAAUUCACAAAAUUCAUCACCCUCAGAAGAAACAAAAACAAGAUGGAGCCAUUUGGCCUAGCACUACGACCGGUUACAGAACAUGCUUCAUCCUUACCUCGCCGACGCUUUGAGCUAUCUUCUGUUGAUUCUCAGGGAAAUCGAUCAGCACUCGUCAAUAUUACACUGCUAGAUGCAGCAAUUUCUGAAGGCGGGUCCCAACCCGAAACGUUCCUCUGACGCUGCCUGUGUUCCUCGAGAUCCACACUUUGUUAUAUCGGAAGAAAUAUUGUUCAGUUUGUAAACCAAAAUAUUUAACCUCGCAACGAAAGAACAAUUUGGCUGACAAUUGAGGAUUGUGUGCGGAAAACGUCCAAUUUAAUCGAAUUUUUUAAUGAUUAUUAUAUAUGGACUUUACUCCGCCAUAUUAAAACAUGGUGAUUGUGCCUACCCAAAAUGCGUGGCGCGGGAGAAUACGCCCUAUCAAUUACCGAAGGUUCAAACUGCGCAAACGCCAAGGCGCGCCCCCCUCUCAAGUAACGCCCAAACCACGACGCAAGCGCAGUGUGUCACCGGGCUUGCACGGGAGCGAGCGGAGGUUAAGCGAUCUUGAAUGUCAGCGGCUCUGAGGUCACGAAUCAAAUAGGCCGGCGCGGCGAAUGUGCGUCGCGGACCACGAGUUGGGAGUACAAGGGGAACACCAAUAAAGAAUUGGUGUGGUGCCUCUUUGAUUGAAUCCGCCGCUGUCCGGUUUUUCCUCCCCUUUCUAUUGUGUGUGAUUCUCAACAAAAGAACUGCUCAGAAUGCCUUAUGAUUAGCCGUGAGGAGCACGCGUAUUCUUAACGCCUGGUGACGGUGCACGUUAGAUAGAGUAGUUUAUGAGGUGCGCUGAUUUGUGGGAACUGCAACUGAAAUUACUAAGCACCAUGUGCGUUUUAUUACAGCCUUACGAGUCGCUUGAUUCAUCAGGACCUGGACAUCGUCAGCCUUUGAACAUUGAAACAACAAAGAACGCCAUCCACCAUGGGGAGAAACCAUAUGUGUGUCCCGUGUGUGGACGAGGCUUCAGCCAAUCAUCUAGCCUGUCAAGACACGAGCGCAGUCACACUGGGAAUAAACCCUGUAAAUGUGGAGACUGUGAGAAGGAAUUCAGUUAUCCUUAUGAGCUGGAAACCCAUCGACGUAUUCACACUGGAGAGAGGCCGUUUAUCUGCUGUAUAUGUGGGAAGGGAUUUAUUCAGUCAUCUGCCUUAUUGACACAUCAACGUGCUCAUACCGGGGAGAGGCCAUUUGUCUGCUCUGUGUGUGGGAAGGGAUUCACUCAAUCACCCCAUCUCACUGAACAUAAACUCACACACUCUGAUAAGAGACCAUUUCAAUGCUCUGACUGUGAAAAAAGAUUUAAAAGCAAAAAGGAUCUGCUGACACACCAGCGAGUUCACACUUGGGAGAGGCCAUUCACCUGCUCAGUGUGUGGGAAGGGAUUCAUUGAUUCAUCCCACCUAUUGCGACAUCAACAAACACACACUGGGGAGAGGCCAUUCACCUGUUCUGUGUGUGGGAAGGGAUUUUCACAGUCAUCCCACCUCAUUGAACAUGAACUUGUUCAUUCUGAUCAGAGACCUUUUCAGUGUUCUGAAUGUGAGAAAAGAUUUAAAAGUAAGAGGUACUUACUGAAGCACCAACGCACUCACAGUGGGAAGAAGCAUUUCACCUGCUCCCUCUGUGGGAAAGGAUUCACUCAGUCAUCUGAUCUGCUGAGACACCAUCAACAUCACCUGUGACUGCAGGGUUGGAUUCUGCUGUUCAUGUUGCUGUUAUUCAUGUCUAGAGUUGAACUGUGUUUGUUCGUAGUGGUGUUGAUAAUUUAUUUAACUGGGAUGGAAUUUGCUAUUCUGAGUAAAUUAGGAAACAUUGUUUAAAAACAUUGACCCAGAUAUUCUGAUGGCCAAAUAAUUUUAGCAGAGUAAACUGAAGUUGUGUAUCAAUGACUCGAGAGGAGAUGUACAGGAAAUUGAAAAUUCCAAUGCAGUUUUCCUGUGAUGGGAAUCCUUUGACGAGAACCUUAAAGUUUGAGAAUUCUGACAGUUCUAUCUCACUUAAGAUCAAUUGCUAUCCAGGCAAAGGUAGAAGAUGAAAAAGCUGAAACUUUGACUGUCUGUUAAUUUCUUACCGGUGACACCCCCCCUCAAAUUCCUUACAAUCUCCAAUGCUGACCUGACCAUAUCAGACCAGGCAAUACCCUCCCUACCCUACACUCAACAUUCUGACCUCACCUGACCUGACGCCACUCCAACCUACUGUAAGCACUCAUCAUUUUACGUAUUACUUAUGUCCCACAUCCACUUGGCACCCUAACUCCCUCAGCCAACUAUCAGCAUUCCCCACCUAUCACCUGACAACUACUGCCAACCUAUCCUGUCAUUCACUUAGUUUUUCACAGAACUAUCAAGUCUCCGCUGGAAGCUUAAAACUCAGAACACAGCACUUAGCACUUGAAAAAGGUGCAUGAUUUCUAUGAUGUCCUUCUAUGCUGUUGAAUUCAAGGAUUCCCGGAAAGAUUCAGCAUUGGAGGUCCCUGUCCAGGAGACUACAGCACCAGAAGUCAGUGAUUUUUUUUAAAAAUCAGAUUAGAUUAAAUCUUAAAAUAAAGUAAGAAGUUAAACUAAAUUAAUCUGUUUGUUAAUUUCAGGGCCAUUGUUUUAGAUUUUUGAUUUUAUCACUCUGGAGCUCACAGCAAGCAAUUUUUUUUUGUCUUGGGAUGUAAGUGUAUCUGGCUGGCCAGCAUUUAUUGCUUGUCCUUAGUUGUCCUUGAGAAGCUGGUGAUGGCUUUCCUUCAUGAACCACUGCAGUCCACAUGCUUUAGGUUGAUCCACAAUGCCAUUUGGGAAGAAAUUCCAGGAUUUUGACCCAGUGACAGUGAAGGAAUGGCGAAAUAUUUCCAAUUCAGGAUGACGGGUGGCUUGGAGGGGAAUCUGCAGAUGGUGGUGUUCCCACAUAUCUGCUGACCUUGUCCUUCUGGAUGAAAUAUGGGUUUGUGACAGGAGCAGAACUCAGCCUGAAUGCUGUUCAGGGUCACACUAAGUGGGAUAGCCACUGCUUUAAUCCAUCCCGUCUGUCUUCGUGGAUGGCACCAUCUUCUGUGAGUUAAUGUUGAAGCAUGUAAGAAAUGUGUCCAAGCUGUUCCCUUCCGUCAUUCUGCAUGUUCCUAUACAUGGAAUGGAAAAUUCCUUCAUAUUUGUGUUCAGAGCCAGAAAGUACAACAGUGGAGGCUAGAAACACAUUCUUAAAUCAGAAAUUGGUGUAAAACUGUCAUCUGUUCUUGACUGAAAGUAAAACUAUUUAAAGCUUCCAAAUUGAAAAUUACUGUGGUGAUUAUUCCUAGAGAUAUUCAGCAUAUUUUGUGACACUCCUGACAUGACAGUUUUAGACCGGUGUUAUGCCUAUUUUAAUACAAUCUUUAACCAAUUUGUUUCGAAUAGCAGACAGAGGAGUUUGCAGGAGCCUGUUGACUGUUCGUGCAUUUGUGCCCAGAUUUUUGUUUAGGCUCAGAAAAGACAACCUGGACACUUUUCCAUCUU